AUGAAACAGCUCAUCCUCAAUCAUCUCUUCUACACUUUUAGGCGUCGCAGAUGUCCUAUAGGCAGAGAGAGAGAGAGAGAGAGAGAGAGAGAGAGAGAGAGAGAGAGAGAGAGAGAGAGAGAGAGAGAGAGAGGGAGAGAGAGAGAGAGAGAGAGAGAGGGAGAGAGAGAGAGAGAGAGAGAGAGAGAGAGAGAGAGAGAGAGAGAGAGAGAGACGAGAUGUUGUAGGAGGACUUGUGGGUCGCCCAAUGGGCGGUUUUAA